AUGUGCUCUAGCACGCUGGGCUUCAGUUUCCAUGUUUCCCAUGUGUCUCUCCAGAAGCAGGGCCUGGGUGGGGGUGAGGCUGUGUCCAGUGGCCUGGGCAUUGUUGGACCAGGGGAAGGUGGGGUGGGGCUGGGGAGUGGGGGCCCAAUCCACUUACUCUGCAGAUUUCCCCAGUCAGCUUCGUGCAGGGGGCUAGAGACGGGCUUGCGGAGGCCCACGCUGGAUGGGCACAGGCCCCUGAGGUCAGGUGGCACUGCCCACUCACACCCCUCACAUCAGCCCCAGCCGUCAUCCUGCAGCUCAGUUGGGGGCUUCAUGCUCUUGCUCUGUAAAUAG